UCUAACUCGAAUUUAAAGUAAAGCCAAAUAAAAUUGUACUUGAAUACGCAGCGCUUGUGUGUGCCGCUACAAAAUGUUGCGUUUGAUACUCUUGAUCGUCUCGUUGGCGGUGGCAAGCGCGCGUGGCGCCACCAGCGGCGUCGUCAGCGAUGUGAACAACAUGUUGCGCGAUGCCAAGGCAAGCAGCUCGGCUCCAGUUGCAGCUGCAACAUUGCCACCAUCCAGCGUUGAGCUGCUGCGCUUUGUCGACGAUGAGGAUAAUGAGGAGGAGCUGGAGCUGCUCUCGAAUGGCGUUCAGCUAGGGGGCAACAAGGGGCAGGACGAGCAGCAGGAUGUGCCGCAUAAUCAGAAGCUGGGCGAUCAGGUGCGCCUGCUGACCAAGCAAUUGAAUGCGCUGAUGAUGCGUCGGCGCGAGGAUUACGAAUUGCUGGAGCAUAAUUUACGCAAAUCCCUGCGGCUCACCACGGAUGCGGCCAGCGUUGAUGCGGAUAUGCGCAGCGAAUUGGAUCAAUUGAGACGCGAAAUGGAAACGCUGCGCGCCACGCACAGCGGCAACAAGGAGCGCCUGACCGUCGAGUGGCUGCAGCAGUCGAUAUCGGAGAUACGCAAACAACUGGUGGAGCUGCAGCGCACUGCCGCCAAUGUUGCCAAGGAUGUGCGACAUGAGGGCACCGCCUACGAGGAUCUGGCAACAAUACGCAACGAUUAUCAGCAACUAAAACUCGAGCUGGCCGCCCAGCGGGAGCGGCAACAGCAAACCGAGGUGAUUGUGCAGGAGUUGCGCGAGGAGCUGCUGCAGCAGGAGCAGGAAUACAAGCACGAGCUGAACAGGCAGCUAAAUGCCAAGGCCAUAGCCAAAGCCAAUUCCAAUGCAAUUGUCAAGCAGCAGACAGUAGAGCAGUCGGCCAGCAUUGAGGAGAAUAGCAGCAGUCAGGAAGCCAGCCAAGAGUCACGGUCGAUGUCGAGCAGCGAACUGGCCGACCAUAGACGCCGCCAUUGCCGCUUCCAGCAGCAGCAGAUACACAGCCUGCAGCUAGCACAGCGCAGCCUGCGCCGGCAGGUGAACGAGCUGAAGUACCAUCACAUUGACGAGCGGGUGCGCAGCAUUGAGCUGGAGCAGCAUCGCAUCGCGAAUGCCAAUUUCAAUUUGAGCCGUCAGAUUGCGACGCUGGACAAGCUGCACACCUCGAUGCUGGAGCUGCUGGAGGACGUCGAGGGGCUGCAGAGUAAAAUGGACAAAAGCAUACCAGAGCUGCGCCACGAGAUAUCCAAGCUGGAGUUUGCCAAUGCGCAAAUCAGCUCCGAGCAGAAUUUGGUGCGCGAGGAGAACAAAAAUGCGGCACGCUCCCUGCAGGCCAUGGCCGUAAGCGUCAGCGUGCUGCAGGACGAGCGUGAGGGUGUCAAGAAGCUGGUCAGCAAUGUCGACCAGCUGCAAACGAAUGUGGAUCGCAUACAAUCCCUUGUUAACGACGAGCUGCACAACAAGCUUUCACACCUCAACAAGCCGCACAAGCGUCCACAUCAUCAGAAGCCGCAGCAGCCGCAAGGAUUGACAGAUCUGAGAACGGAUAAUGAGCUGGCCGAAACGUUGGUCGCCGAAUUGGAGAACGUCGAGGCCCAGUAUGAGGCGAUUGUGAAUAAACUGCCGCAGGACUGCAGCGAGCUGUCAACGCAAGUGGAUGGCCUGCACUUAAUAGCGCCCGCUGGGCAGCAUCAUCCGCUGAUGACGCACUGCAACGCGGAUGGCUGGACGACAGUGCAGCGUCGCUUUGAUGGCAGCGCCGAUUUUAAUCGUUCCUGGGCGGACUAUGCCCAGGGCUUUGGCACACCGGGCGGCGAGUAUUGGAUUGGCAAUGAGCAGCUGCAUCAUCUGACGCUGAACAACUGCACCCAGCUGCGCGUGCAUAUGCAGGACAUCUAUGACAACAAUUGGGUGGCUGAGUAUAAGCAUUUCUAUAUCUCAUCUCGCUCGGAUGGCUAUAGACUGCAUAUUGGCGAGUAUAGUGGGAAUGCAUCCGAUGCGCUCAACUAUCAGCAGGGCAUGCAAUUCUCGGCCAUUGACGAUGAUCGCGAUAUAUCACAGACGCACUGUGCUGCUAACUAUGAGGGUGGCUGGUGGUUCUCUCAUUGCCAGCACGCCAAUCUCAAUGGGCGCUACAAUCUUGGCCUAACUUGGUUUGAUGCCGGCCGCAACGAAUGGAUUGCGGUCAGGUCAAGCCAAAUGCUGGUCAAGCGGCGGCCCAGCGAUGAAUGUGCGCCGAGCAAUGGCAAUGAGGCGCCUACAGUGGCGGCAGCAGCAACAACAACUAAAUCAGCAUCUGCUGGCACGACACCAACAACAACAACAACGAAAACUGUCGUGCCGAGCACACGGCCAAACACUGUGGUGCAGUUCGUUGCCGCUGCGCAGGCGUAAGCCAACAGCUGCCGAAACCAGCUAAACAGCUACAGUGAACCACCAGAGCCAUGCCUACUAUAGUUUGGAGUGCGUGCGUGUGAAACGCGCAAAAAAAAAAAAUAAAACUUAAAUAUAUAUGUGUAAAAAAUUACCAUAAAGAAACUCGGCGAGCAGAGCAGGCGGCAAGUUAGGGUAGUUGUGGUGCGUGUUUCUUUUGUAAAUAGCUAAAUUCUUGUCUAAGUUGUAGUUAAUACUAUAUCAAUGGAGCUUAUUAGCCUCGUCAAAUAAAAUGGAAGGAAAACAAACAUAAAAGAGAAAGUGCUUAACAAUAGAGUACACUAGGCGUAUGCGUAAUCUAGUUAAUCUAGCUAUAGAGAGUAUCUUGUCCAUGGAAAUAUGCAACCCGUACAUAUUUGUUUUGUCUUUCAGCAGAUCUCAUAGAGGCAUAAGUUCGCGCAGCUCAAAUUUGAUACAAAAAUCUCG